AUGUACUUACCGUGGACAGUGAUCAAUGGAUGGCUGAUAUGCUUGUUGUACGGUGGCACAGAAGCGAUCGUUGGGGUCGACGAGUGUCAGGCAACGCGCGUGAUACACUUCCUUCAGUAUCCAGGUUGUGUUCCAAAACCGAUUCCCAGUUAUGCGUGUAGAGGACGAUGUAGCAGUUAUCUGCAGGUGUCCGGGUCCAAGAUGUGGCAAAUGGAGAGGAGCUGCAUGUGCUGUCAGGAAAGCGGCGAGAGAGAGGCUAGUGUCUCUCUGUUCUGUCCGCGGGCGAAACCAGGGGAGAUGAAGUUCAGGAAGGUUAUCACCAAGGCGCCGUUGGAAUGCAUGUGCAGACCGUGCACCAGCGUGGAAGAGUACGCGAUAAUACCCCAGGAGAUCGCGGGAUUCGCCGACGAGGGCCCUUUUGCGACGUCCGCGCACUUCAGACGGUCCUCUGGCUUGCGAUAGACAGCCGCACGAGGCACGCGGAAAAUCGCGCCCACCAUAACGGCGCGAUUUAUUUUAUUUUAUUCCCUAUUAUAUAUUAUAACUAAUAAAAAGAAUGUCUAACGAA